AUGGCUGCUCCUCACAAGGGUGGCAACAUCUGGGGCCCCUGGGUCCGAGGCUAGAAGAGCCUCUGGCCAGGUGUGGGGACCACCAGGUCAGGUCUGAAAGAGUUGCUGUGGGGACUACAGGGGCAUCAGUUCCUGCACCAGGAGCCCCUGGAGCCAGCCCCACUGCUAGUAGAGAAGCCUCUGCCUGAGUGGCCAGUGCCUCAGUUCAUCAACCUCUUUCUGCCGGAGUUUCCUAUUAGGCCCCUUAGGGGGCAUCAGCAGCUGAAGAUUUUAGGCCUUGUGGCUAAAGGCUCCUUUGGAACUGUCCUCAAGGUGCUAGAUUGUGGCCAGAAAGCAGUAUUUGUGGUGAAGGUGGUGCCCAAGGUAAAGGUCCUACAGAGGGAAAACCUGAGGCAGUGCAAAGAGGAGGUCAGCAUCCAGCGACAGAUCAACCAUCCUUUUGUACACAGUUUGGGGGACAGCUGGCAGGGAAAACGGCACCUCUUCAUGAUGUGUAGCUACUGCAGCACAGAUCUGUACUCCCUGUGGUCCGCUGUUGGCUGCUUUAGUGAGGCUUCCAUCCGCCUCUUUGCUGCUGAGCUGAUCCUGGUGCUGUGCUAUCUCCAUGACUUCGGCAUCAUCCAUCGAGAUGUGAAGAUGGAGAAUAUCCUUCUGGAUGAACGAGGCCAUCUGAAACUGACAGACUUCGGCCUGUCCCGCCACCUGCCCCAAGGAACCCGAGCCUAUACUAUCUGCGGCACUCUUCAGUACAUGGCCCCAGAGGUCCUGAGUGGAGGGCCUUACAACCAUGCUGCUGAUUGGUGGUCCCUGGGUGUCUUGCUUUUCUCUCUGUCAACUGGAAAGUUCCCAGUGCCCGCAGAGAGAGAUCAUGUGGCCAUGUUGGCAAGUGUGACCCACUAUGACUCUGCGAUCCCAGCUUCUCUUAACCAGGGGCUCUCACUCCUGCUCCAUGAGCUAUUAUGCCAGAAUCCCCUCCACCGUCUACGUUAUUUGCAUCACUUCCAGGUCCACCCUUUCUUUCGGGGUGUGGCCUUUGACCCAGAGCUCCUACAGAAGCAUCCAGUGAACUCUGUCAUGGAGACACAAGCUACCCAGCCCAGUCCAUCAUCGGAGUCCAUGUUCUUCAAGGACUUUGACUGUAAUCUGGAGUCCUUCCUGGUGCACCCCAGCCUGGCUUGAGCUCCUCUACUGUAGUUGGGGCUCAUCUGGGAACCUGAGGACCUCCUCUGCUGCCAAUUCAGUGUGACCACCUUGAUGAUUCAGUUUGUUUUUACUUUGUAGCCUCUUAUCAUUCUCUUCCUCUAGGUGUUGGACCAGAGUUCACACUGGGCAUUCUGCGGUUGGUAGUCAAAAUGCCCUAGUCCUCACCCCAUCAUACAACCCAUCUCUCAAUUCAACAUUUCAGAUCAGAGUGUGGACCUUUUCCUUUGUUUCAUUUCUCCAGUGUUUAUACCCUGAAGUUUUUAGCCAGAAGUUUAUUCCACUUUUCCUUCUCCUUGUUUCUGUGCCAUGUUUCCUUUUGUGAGCAAUAACAGCACUUCAUGGGUUCCCAAGGUGCUGCUAUUUAUGUGUUUAAUAGGCUUGUCAGAAGCAGUAUGAAUGUUUUUCAGAGGUCUCAAAAGCUGGUAUUGGUUUCAACCCCUAAAUAUGCAGGGAAAACAUAUGAUCUGGGGGCUCAAAGUCAGUCUAACUUUUAAAAAUUUAAAAAGUGAAUCUAAUAGCCUACUGUGAGGAAAAGAGUAAGAAAUGAAACAUGGGUGGGUUAAAUGUCUUCUCUAAGGGGUAAUUGGAAUAGCUAUACACAUUUUUUCCAAAACAAAACCUCUUUGAAAGACACAAGGAUUCUUAAACUGAUCACUUCCCUAGAUGGCGCAGGUUUCAGUUGGUGAUGGGCAAACCAAGGGAUUAAGAGGCACGACAUCAACCUUGAGAUUUAAGAUUAGAGAUGUAACUCAAGAACCUUUUCCUUUAGGAAAAUCAUCUGGACCUUAAAUUUGUAUACAUUUCUGGCCUUUGUGACUUCUUUUCAUUUUUCUUAAACCAACUUCUUAAAAGUUUCAUUUUCGUUAUUCUUCAGUUAUAUCUGAUCUCUCUUUUGAAACCAAAGAGAGUCUGGGAAGUAUUCUGAGUACUAUUUAUUAAUUUUGUACUGGAUUAAGCCAGCUUUGCCCUGUACAUAGCUGGCAUUUUACUGGCCUCUGCAGAACU